AUGUUUGUGUAUUUAAGUAAAAAAAUUGCUAUACCAAAUAAUGUUUGUUUAAAUUGUAUAUCAUGGAAUCAAAAGCAAGGUUAUAUAGCAAUUGGAGGAAAUGGUGGUCUUUUAAAAGUUAUACGUGCUGAUCAAAGUAGUGCAAUUUCAGAUAAAAUUAAUAAUAGUAUUAAAACUCGUUCCACAAUUUCAACAAAUAAUUUAACUAUGAAUCAAACGUUAGAAGGUCAUAAUGGUAAUAUUCAAGUAGUUACUUGGAAUGAUGAAUAUCAAAAAUUAACAUCAAGCGAUGACAAUGGUGUUAUUAUUGUGUGGAUGUUAUAUAAAGGUUCAUGGUAUGAAGAAAUGAUUAAUAAUCGUAAUAAAUCGAUUGUAAAAGGAAUGACUUGGUGUUCAAAUGGUAAAAAAAUAUGUAUUGUUUAUGAAGAUGGAGCUGUAAUAGUUGGAUCUGUAGAUGGUAAUAGGAUUUGGAGUAAAGAAUUAAAAAGUUUAUCUUUAACUGCUGUACAAUGGUCACCAGAUGCUAAGUUACUUUUAUUUGGAUUAAAAAAUGGCCAAGCUCAUCUUUAUGAUGAUCAAGGUGUCUUUUUAACCAAAUUAGAAAAUAUUAGUGAUGAUCUUCAUGCAAUAGUUGCACUUAAUUGGUAUGAUGGUCGCAAUGGCUAUACAGCAAUUGACUGUCCUACAUUAGCUGUAUGUUUUCAAAAUGGAAAAGUAUGUUUAUUAAAAGAUACAUGUGAUAAUAAUUUAAAGAAAAUAGAUACAAAUAUGUCAAUUACAUGCUGUGUGUGGAAUACUUUUGGAUCUUUAUUAGCAAUAGCUGGAGUAUCAAUAAAACAAGAAAAAAAAGAUUUCAAUAUUAUUUGUUUUUAUUCAGCUUUUGGAGAGCAUAUCAAAACUUUAAAAGUUCCUGGAAAAAGAAUUAGCUCCUGUACUUGGGAAAGUGAAUCCUUACGAAUAUGUCUUACAGUAGAUUCUAAUAUAUUUUUUGCUAAUAUUUGCCCUAAUUAUAAAUGGGCAUAUUUCGACAAUACAAUGAUAUUCAGUGAUGAAAAAAUUAAUAAAAAUGGUGUAUGUAUUACAUUCUGGAAUACUAUUACUAAUAGUUGUUAUUUUAAAUAUGUAAGGUCUUUAAUAAAUAUUGUAGCUUAUGGAGAACAUUGUGUUCUUGCAACUAGUAAUGAUCCUACUCAUGCUAAAGAAGGGUUUAUUUUGUUGGUAUGUAAUUCAAUUUCAACUCCUAUUGAUAAAAAGUUUCUUGACCUUGAGCCAAGUCAAAUUACCAUGAACAAUAAUACAGUAAUUGUUGCUUCUAAAAAUAAUUUUCUUUUAUGGAAUUUUCGUGCUCCACAAAAUUUUGAUUUCAAUGAAAUUAAAUCAAAAAAUGAGCGAAUUUACCAUAUUGACGACACUCCAACUGGAAUAACUGAGGUUAUUCAGGACUUGGACAGACAUAAAUAUUUUGAAAGUUCGAUAAGUCGAAGAAAUUCUACAGAUCCGAUAAGUUGCAUUAGCACUACAGAAAAUAUAUUAUUAAUUGCUCGUGAAUCUGGUAUAAUCCAACAAUAUUCAUUACCUCAAGUGACAUUAAUGAAACGUUAUACUUCAUUGAGCAGGCCUUAUAAGCUUGCCAUUAACUGUAACUCAACAACAGCAGCUAUAAUUCAUAACUGUGGUGUACUUCGCCUUUUACAACUAAUAACCCCUAAGAAUUAUAACCAAGAUACAGAGAUCAAAAUUUCAAUGAAAAACAUAGAUGAGUAUACAAAGUUUGAACGUAAAGAUACAUGGGCAAUUUGUUGGGCUGAAGAUAAUCCUCAUCUAUUAGCUAUUUUUGAGAAGAGCCGAAUUUAUGUAUUCCGUGGACUUGAACCAGAAGAACCCAUUGUGUGUAGAGGUUACAUGUGUUAUUUUCGAGAUUUAGAAAUUAGGUGUGUUCUAUUAGACGAACUAAUACGACGACCAGAGAAGGCACGGUCUGAACUCUUGCUUGAUGUUGAAGUUAAAUCCUUGCGUGAUACAAGAAAACUCUUAGCAUGUGUUGGAUUACAUGAAGCUGAAGCAUUUGUGUGCGAUAAUCCACAUCCUCGUCUUUGGCGACUUCUCGGUGAACAUGCAUUAAGACUGUUAGAUCUCGAAGCUGCGGAAAAUGCUAUGGUUCGUUGCACUGAUUAUCUUAGUAUUCGUUUUGUUAAGAAAUUACGUGGCAUACAUGACUCUGGACUACAACGUGCUGAAGUUCUCGCAUUUCUUGGUGAUUAUGACGAAGCGGAAAAGCUGUAUCUAGAACUUGACCGACGUGACCUGGCAGUAACAUUACGUCAAAAACUCGCUGAGUAUCCACGGGCAAUCCAACUUAUGCAACUUGGAGUUGCUAGUUCAGAUGCACAAUUAGAAUGCAUGUAUGCUAGUUGGGGUGAGCAAUUGGCUUUGCGCCAAGAAUGGAGAACAGCAUGUGAACAUUUAGAACGUGGUCGCGCAUUCAAGCAACUACUUGACUGUCGCUAUCGACUUGAAGAAUAUAAUCAGUUAGCGGUAACUGCAGAUCAAUUAACCGAACAAACUCCAGAACUUUGGCGAGCUGCACGCAUGCUUGCCUCUGUUGGUAUGUGCCAACAAGCAGUGGAUUGUUUUAUACGAUGUGCUGAUGUGCGCCAAGCCAUUGAAACAUGUAUACGCUCUAAUCGUUGGGAUAAAGCUCUUGAAUUGGCACGAACUUGGCAGCUUCCAGGUAUAGACGAACUAUUAGCUAAGUACGCUCAUCAUUUACUUGUUUCAGGUCAUUAUUUACAGGCAAUAGAAUUAUACCGCAAAGCAAAUUGUUUAUUGGAAGCUGCACAGUUACUACUUCAGUUAGCAACGAAACAAGCUCACGCUGGUGGAACACCGCUUCGACUGAAAAAAAUAUAUGUAUUAGCAGCACUUUUAAUUCAGGAAAGAAUAGAAGGACAAAUUGUAUAUGACGCAGAUAGUACAGAGACACGUGUAGUGGCAGAAGCAUGGCGAGGAGCGGAAGCGUAUCAUUUCUUGUUAUUGGCGCACCGCCAAUUAUAUAAAGCAGAGCCACUAGCAGCACUGCGAACAACAUUGCGACUGCGUGAGUACGAAGAUUUGAUUGAUCAAGAACAGCUUUACGCACUUCUGGCAUUAACGAGUUGCGCUUGCGGAGCAUUAUCAACUUGUUCCCGUGCUCUCAUAAAAUUAGAAGUGUUGAAACCAUGUUACGAAGAAUUAUCACUAGAACUAUUUGGACGACGAUCACCACGAGAUGCCCGACGACCCUCACGUAUAGAGUGCCGAAGGUGUGAGAGUUUAGUACCCGAUUGCUGUAUUAUGUGUCCUAGUUGCUCAAACUCUUUUCCACCUUGCGUUGUAUCAGGUCGAGCACUGAUGAAUUUAACGGAAACGUGGUUAUGCACCGUUUGUCGACGAUACGUCAGCAAUGGACGUGAUGUGCUAAAUGUGAAUGGAUGUCCCCUAUGUCAUAGUAAUAUCAGAUUUUUAUAAAUUAUAUAG